GUGUCGCUUCAUGAAUUAUAGGCUGCUCAGCUCUCCAACCUUCCCUUUUAAUGCUGUCGAACGCACCAUUUUUCCUAUUUUCUGUGUCACUAAUGUCGCGCUGAGGGACUGCUAACUUCUGGAGGACAGCGGUACACCUGGAUAAAUGCACAUCCCACACGGAAACAGAAACACAGACAGCAUGCCGACAGAGCCGAGCCUGUCAGUCGGUCCAGACGGGGUCAGCAGUAACUGUGCCAUCUGUGGAGACAAGGCCACUGGGAAACACUACGGAGCCUCCAGCUGUGACGGCUGUAAAGGCUUCUUCAGACGCUCCAUACGCAAGAGCCAUGUCUACACCUGCAGGUUCAGCAGACAGUGCAUUGUGGAUAAAGAUAAGAGGAACCAGUGUCGUUUCUGCAGACUUAACAAAUGCUUCAGGGCUGGCAUGAAGAAAGAAGCUGUGCAGAAUGAGAGAGAUCGGAUCAGCUCCCGAAGAAGUAUCCCAGACGCCCAAGACUUACCACCCAUUACUAUUUUGGCCCAAGCUGAAUCAUUGUCCCAACAGAUCACCGCUCCGAUUGGAAUAGCAGACAUAUCGGAGCAGAAGUCCGCCACUGUGGGGGAUGUAUGUGAUUCUAUGAGACAACAGUUAUUGGUGUUGGUGGAAUGGGCCAAAUACAUUCCUGCAUUUGGAGAACUGCCACUGGAUGACCAGGUGAGUUUGCUCAGGGCUCAUGCAGGGGAACACCUUUUGCUUGGGGUCGCCAAAAGGUCAAUUCCAUUCAAGGACUUCCUGCUUUUAGGUAACGGCUGCGUGAUCCACAGGAACAGUCCUGAACAAGAGAUAUUCAAGGUAGCCAACCGAGUGCUGGAUGAGCUAGUGCAGCCUUUCCAGGAUAUUCAAAUAGACGACAACGAGUAUGCAGCGCUCAAGGCUAUUGUCUUCUUUGACCCAGAUGCAAAGUCUUUGAGGGACCCAUCGAAGAUCAAGGCUAUUCGGCUGCAGGUCCAGAUGAGUCUGGAAGACUACAUUAAUGACCGUCAGUACGACUCCAGGGGUCGUUUUGGAGAGCUGCUACUCCUGCUGCCCACCCUGCAGAGCAUCACCUGGCAGAUGAUCGAACAGCUCCAGUUCAUUAAGCUCUGUGGUCUGGCCAAGAUAGACAACCUGCUGCAUGAGAUGCUGCUGGGAGGCUUUACGUCAGAGCCCACACACCUGCACCAUCAUCCACCACACACCCAGCUGGCCCAGGACCCUUUGACUGGACACACACUGGUCAUCAGCACCAUGCCUGUCACUCACGUUCCACAGAUAGCCUCUCCAGACACCCCCAUCCCAUCGCCCCCUCAGGGUCCGGCCCCAGAGAAGUACAAACACUUUCCCCAGCCUCUUUGUCCUCCAGCCAGCCCCUCGCCUUCCACACAGACUGAUCUCUGACUUCUCCCUGCACUCUGUCAAACAAGCUGACAUGGGCACGGUUUCACUGUCUCCCAUUCAUCAUCCAAGUCAUGGCAUAAAGAUUAUGAAAGCUGUUCAAUGUCUGUGGUUAGACUUUACCCUGUUUCUCCUCCCUGCGUCUCUUGGUAGUGUUGCAACAAUAACUAAGACGCAAUU